GCACAAAGCCAAUCCUGCGGAUGGGGCCCCUAAUUUCCAGAAUUCCGAGUGUCAAUUACUGGAUGGUGUCAGUGUGUGGUUUGACAUGUACGUCAACAGCGACCACGAAAGCGACGAGGUGCCUAAGGUUGCAGUUUGUGGUGGGAUGUCCCACAUCAAUGCGGCCAUCUCCAGCAGAAAACUCUCGGAGCUGUUACAGCUGAUUGUGGAUUCUGUGCCAAAUGCCCUGCCCGAGCAGCCGGUAGCAGAG